AUGUUCAGACAUAGGGCAGUCGCGCAGAGGCCGCAACAACUCUUUUCACAAUGCCGACAAUUUAGUACGACCCGCAUUGGAAUGGCUCAGGCCGCAAACCCCACUUCUUCCGCGAAGCCAGCCAAAUGGACACCAAACUCGAUACGCACUGGCCUCAUUGUGCGUAAACGUGGAAUGACCGCCGUGUGGGAUGACCACGGCGCCCGUGUUCCGGUUACGGUGCUGCAGCUAGAGAACUGCCAAGUGACCAAAAACAUCAUACAUAUGCGCCCUGACCGUACCGAGUAUCAUGCAGUUCAACUCGGUGCAUCCGACCGUCCAAAGAGAACAACAACACAUCAGAUGAGGGGUCACUUCCGGAAGGCUCAUGUUAAGCCGAAGUACAUUGUGAAGGAGUUCCCUGUUACCCCCGAUGCACACGUCCCUGUUGGAACGACACUUUCCGCCGUUCAUUUUGUGCCUGGGCAAUACGUGGACGUGAUUGCCGCUUCGAUUGGGAAGGGAUUUCAAGGCACUAUGAAGCGGUGGAACUUUAAGGGCUUACGUGCAAGCCAUGGUGUUUCUGUAUCACACCGCUCCGCUGGUGCGACCGGACAGCACCAAGACCCGGGUAGAGUCUGGCCCGGUAAGAAGAUGGCAGGUCGACUGGGAGGCGAACGAACCACUGUUCAGAACCUCCCCGUGGUGCGUGUCGAUACGGCCCUUGACCUGAUUUUUGUCAAGGGCGCCGUGCCAGGAUUUGACGACGCACACGUCCUUAUUCGCGAUGCCAAAAAGAAAAUGAUCAGUUCCGCAAAUGCAAAUCAAGCGAAAGGCCUUUACGAGAAAGUCCUUCCCAAGGGUGUGGAUGAUCUCCCUUUCCCGGCUGGCACUAAGGAUAUGGUUCAAUCCCUCCCUCCCGUGAUCGAUGCUCCUUCAAAACGGAGUAGCCCAUUUAUUCCUAGGGAAUAG